AUGAACAAGAGAUUAGGUGGCAACAUUGUACUCGUGGUAAUUUGCACAAAUCUCCCAGAAUCCACAAGACGAUUGUUGAGGGAGAGGCAACAGGACGAGCUGAGUCGCUUGACAGAGGUAUGUACCUCAAUGGGUGUAGAAGCAAAACCGGUGAGCCUCACACGUCUCUGGCGCCCACCAACAUCAUCACAUAUCGGAGAACCCAGGUUACUUCGUGUGACGCUGGCCAGUAAAGAAGACGUUAAAAAUGUUCUUCUUUCUAGUUUUCUCACUACAGAUGGGUCCAGCAAUACCAGAAUUUUACCGGACAUACCUUGGACUGAACGUGUACACCGACGGAACGAUCCUAACAGUGCACGCGAUGCAGACAACUCGCGGGCGAUUCUCACACACGGAGUGCCACAGAUCCCCGAAGCCGAUGAAUCCAACUGUUGA